AUUUCAAGGGUACUAGCGUAAAAUAACCAUAAUGCAUUUCUCAAUUCUCAGUUACCACGUUUCUUUGGUUGCUCCUACUAGUAGUUCCCGUAAAGUUGUUGACCGUUUUCAACUAAUCUUCAACUUCACGGCCCCUAAUGGAAAACGGUCACCACCACACAGCCAGCGGCCCUCGCUCCGACGACCGUAUCAAGCUCAACGUCGGAGGCAAGCUCUUCGAAACUACCUUAUCGACAAUCCAGGCAGGCGGUCCCGACUCUCUCUUAGCCGCCCUCUCGAGCCGGACCUCCGACGACCCGGACCCGGUUUUCAUAGACCGGGACCCGGAGAUCUUCUCAGUCAUACUCUCUCUCCUCCGCUCCGACGGUCUCCCUUCCACGGCUCGCCGAUUCGCCAAGCAAGAACUCGCCGAUGAAGCUCUCUACUACGGCAUCGAGUCGCAGCUCAAGUCGGCGAUGUUGCCGCCUCCGUUAUCCGGAAUCGACGCCUCGAUCGUCACAACUGUACAUCCCGCCUCCGACGGCCUCCCCUCGGCGAUCACAGCUGGUACCGACGGCUCCGUUUGGAUCGCACACGGCGGUCAAAUAUCCAGCUACGAUUGGAAUCUGUGCCACGCCGGAACGAUCCGUACUCAUUUGGAGGACAUAAACUCGAUUUGCCGAGUGUAUCCUGAAAUCGCCGCCGUAGGAUCCGAAUCCGACCCGGGGCUCCACUUCUACGAUUUCUCCGGCGUGCGAAACAUGGGGGCGAUCCACUGGACCGACCCGGCCGACCCGAGAAUCUUCAAGGCCCGAGUUACGUCCGUCUCGAACUCGCCGAGCUCAGUCUUCGCCGCUUUCGAUUGCCCGCACAGAGAGAACUGCAUCUUAGUGAUCGACAAAUCAACGCUCAAGAUCGUCGGUGAGCUGAGCAGGCAAUCGGGAAGCUCGGCGAAGAACUUGGCCGUCGGAAAGCUGACGUGGCUGCCUGAAACGGGCUUGAUUGUUGGGAGCUCCGUCACUUGCGGUGCGUUCGGGUACUCGGGUUAUAUCCGAAUGUGGGACCCGAGGUCUAAGGAGGUGGUUUGGGAGACGAACGAGCCAGGGUCGGGGCGGAGCAGUAGGUUCGGGGACUCCUUCGCCGACAUCGACGUGGACAUUGAAGAGUCGACUCUGUUCAAGGUGUGUUCAAAGUCUGGAGAUUUGGCAAUGGCAGACCUGCGUAAUUUAGGGGAUGAUCCGUGGGUUUAUUUACAAGAUAAGGACCCAAGCAUGAGGAACAUAAAGGGGGGUGGCAAUAGCAGUAGUGUAAUUCACUGUUACAAAAACCAAGCCUUUGUGGGCAGAGAUGGUGCCUUGGAGGUUUGGUCGAGACUGCCGAAGAAAGCCGAAAAUAGGGUGGAUGGAGAAAGUGAGGUUUGCGAGGGAUUGUAUAGGAGGAAUUUUGUGGAUAAAGAGGAGGAUGCUCAGAGAGGGAUUAUAAAGAAAAUCGAAGGCGGUGGGAAUAGGCUGUUUGUUGUUAGAGAAGAUGUUGAAGGUAUUGAGGUGUGGGAGAGCUCUCAUUCUUCUGGUGCAGUUUCAGUUUUGUGAAGCAGAAGUAGGCUCUAUAAUGUCAAUGUGUUACUGUACCAUAUGUUGAGUUUGUGACACAUUGUGUGAUAUUUCCUUUUCGUUCUUCCUCUUAUGAGAAGAUAUCUCAUUUACCUUCAGUUAUGGCUCAACUCUAACUGAUCCAAGUCGAACCUUUUCCUUUAAUUUCAUGCCAAAUGAAGAAAUACCUUGAAAGCAAGUUAGUUUGAGGGACUGUUUACUAUGAGCAGUCUGCUUUUUUAUGAAGCUGUAGCUCUUCAAAUAAAAUUGGAGGCUUUCAAUUAGCUCAUACUCGGAUGGCUUGAAUUUUGUUGUAAGUGAGGGGCCAGUAAAAACAUUUUGGAACAAUUGAUUCUCCAGACUCUUGAGGACCAAAAACUUUGGCUUGCAGGUAAGGGCUUUUUGUCAAUGGAAAUACUGCCAGUACUUUGUAAGGCUACAAGCACCUGUAGUUUAUAUUAGUUAAGAGUGCAAGGGUGAGAAACAGAAAAUCUUAUUGUACGUGACAUCAGGUCCUCUGUUGUGCGAUUUUCAUGUGAUGAUCUAAUGCAUCAAUGAGAUUUUGGGAGCUCAAGGUGUAAUUGAACUGUUGAUGGGCCUUGUUUGGGUAACUUGAGCAGGCUUGGCUCUAUCUAGUUGAAGCCACAGACUGGCAUAGAGCCAUGGUCUAUUAGGUUUAAAAUAGAAGCCUAAUGUAUGAUGGUGGCAGAUCUUUUCUUCUUUAGUGGGUCUAUUGUUAUCUGCUGAGGGAAGUUUGUACCCAAAACAAAUGCGCUAAGGGUAUUAGUAGCUUGUGCCUCCCAAUAUUUUUCAGAGGCUCCCAGAGAGUGGUUAGUUCCAUGCCGAUGUUUUUUGGAGCCUCGGACCUAUUGCCUCAGGUGCCAGACAGGGCUACGAUUAUAUUGCUAAUCUAUAAACAAAUUAAGAGAUCGGUGGAACCUUUGCAGUUACUGAAGUGGAAAAAACAAGGCUUUCCUAUACGUGAUUCUUUGCACAUCAUCCCAUUAUCUGGUGCUUCUCCUAUUCUGCUGGAAAUCCAUUCUCUUAAAACGCAAGCACAUGAACUGCAACAUCCCCUCCAUCUCAUAACGAGGGAAAAUUGGGUUUUGCCAAACUGUAUGUCAUGCUAUUCAGAAAAACAGGAUCAAGGAAGAUAGCUGCACCAGGUACAACAUGUUAUUGCUUCGUUGUGGGUACUCGGUGGCUAGAUGUGGUCAAUAACAUGGUUUGAGACAGAUCCAUGAGAUUAUCCCAGUGUGUAUGUUGUGGCUAUUGUUUGCUUACACUCGUCGAAGCUAUAGAUAAAAUUGGGUGAUAUCAGCCUUUUCUACCAUUUUCAUAAUCGCCUUUGAACCUCAAGCUACAUGAUUAGUCCAAAAUUGGUUUAUCAGGAACAGGAAUUUUUGGAGCUGAGAUAGUGAAAGAGGAGGCAAGCCAAGUGGCUUCCAACUUCCAUGACACUAUAAGAGGAGUUAUUGAACACGGCCAGCGUGGUUGCUGUCUAUACUCUGAUAUUUUGUACACCUUGUUGGAACGUUUUUCUUGAUUCUGGAGUCAUACCAGAAGGACCUUGAAGCAGCAGCUAAUAAUAAAACCUAUGAUUAUUGUAUUCAGA